AUGUCGUCGCCAUCAUCAACGAAUCAAGGAGGAUCACUCGCCGGUGUCGAGCUCGCACCUUCGAUGCUGUCAGCUGCCGGUCCUGCUCCGGCGUCAGGCCCGUCCAUUCCGGCUGGCACCGGCCCCGGUGGUACCCCAACGACAGCGUUGUCGGUGUAUCCACUCAUCGUUCAGCUUUGCCAGCGCCCGGAUCCACGUGCUGCUUCUGCGACAGGUGCUGGUGGGAAAGACCAAUCGGGGAAUGCGCCUGGCCAAGGGCAAGCGGUAUUGAAUGACUCCCCCGGGAGCUCAGCGCAGAGGGAAAAUGCUCUGCUCGAGCUCAGCAAGAAGCGAGAACAGUACGAAGAUCUAGCGUUAGUGCUUUGGCACAGUUUUGGCGUCAUGACUUCCCUCUUGCAAGAGAUUAUUUCUGUCUACCCGCUGCUUUCUCCACCGGCGCUGACGGCGCAUGCAUCGAACAGGGUGUGCAACGCCCUAGCGUUGCUACAAUGCAUCGCAAGUCACAACGAGACUCGAGGGUUGUUCCUGCAAGCGCACAUCCCCUUGUUCCUCUACCCUUUCCUCAACACGACAUCCAAGACGCGGCCAUUCGAGUAUCUCCGUCUCACUUCGCUGGGAGUGAUCGGAGCCCUGGUCAAGCAGAAUGACAACACCGAGGUCAUCACAUUCCUUUUGUCAACCGAGAUCAUCCCACUCUGCUUACGUAUCAUGGAGACGGGCUCGGAACUGAGUAAGACAGUUGCCAUCUUCAUUGUGCAGAAGAUCCUGCUCGACGACACUGGUUUGGCUUACAUCUGUCAGACAUACGAGCGCUUCUACGCUGUCGGGACCGUGCUGAGCAACAUGGUCAACCAGAUUGUCGAAACGCAAGCGGUGCGUCUUCUCAAGCACGUUGUGCGAUGCUAUUUGCGUCUGAGCGAUAACUCGAGAGCACGCGAGGCACUACGCGCUUGCCUGCCAGGUCCGCUGAGAGAUGCUACCUUUUCGCAGCUGCUGAAGAACGACCAUAUCACAAAGCGAUGCCUUGCGACGCUGCUGCUCAACCUCUCCGACAGGGUGGAGAACUGA